CGACAGCCAGAUUCCAUCAACGAGGAACCGCUUCUGUCGCCAAUCCCCCUCCACCCCCCCUUUCCCCUAGCCUCACGGAUUGUAAACCACCUCGACCGCUCGACACGUCGUGACCCGCGCGCUUACUCGCCCACCACGUCGUCGCCCGGCUUGAUCGAUCGCCCCAAGGCUCCCCUCGAAUAGGUCGCCCAUUUGGUCACCAAAACCAUCACGACCUCAAAGGGACUUUCGCGCCAAGCCUCAUCCACCUCCCACGAGGCGUCAACCGUCAACAACAGACGCGCCAACCCCCCUUUUCUAUCGCGCGACGACAUCCGCGAUUCACCUCCCCAACACCACUGGCUCAGGCUCGUGGCGGACCGCGUACUUGCGCUCGCGCCCUACGAUCGAGGCCUCUCCGUCACGUCAACCUGAUGCGCAAGGCUCGCUCCUGAUGCGCAGUCAAGCUUAACUAUCUACCAAAGUCUAUUCCGGGUCCUGAAUUGCAAGCGCCAGCAUGGCUUCAGUUCAGACUGCCCCUGCUGCUCAGCAGCCCGGCAAUCCCACCCCCAUGCCGCCCCAGGAUAUCAAGGCUCUUUAUCUGAAGUAUAAGCAGAUGAAAGACCAAGGAGUUUCGGAGACCGACCCUGAAUUUAUCAAAGUCCACAACCACCUCCAGAACGUGCAACAGAACAUCCAACAACAACGCAUCUUCAAUCAGCAGAGAGCUGCUUUUGCCCAACAACAACAGCAGAUGCUGAAUCAUCAACAACAACAACAAAAUGCUGCAUUGAGUUCUGCGACUCCGAAUGGCAUCAAUGCACGCACUGCCGGUCCUACGAAUUCCUCGCCGACUACUCAGGCGCCAACUGCGACAUCUCUUGGGCCAUCUGCUAUACCCGCUUCUGGUGCCAAAGGCGCUGUGCAGCGAAACACAACCGCUGGCAGUGGCUACUUUUCUCCUGAGCAGUUGAGCAUACUCAAGAACCAGAUUUUUGCUUUCAAAUGCCUGUCGAGGAAUCAAGGGAUCCCGCAGGCUGUGCAGCAAUCUCUCUUCGCUGUCCAGCAAAAGAAGAUGAUGGCAGCUGUUGAGCAGACCCUUCAGGCUGCUGCCACGGGUGGAGAAGAUGCGAAGUCUCAGACUGAUGGCAUUGAUACUGCGGCCGGUGACAAGGACACAACUGCCAUGAAGAAACAUGAGUAUAUUGGUUUCAAGUCACCCCGUUCAGGACUCAUGGCCAAGAUCAGCUACUCUGCACACAAUAACAGAGAGAUGCGGCCUAUGAUCCCAAGCAUCAUGCCUUCGGGCGUUGACGUCGAGAAACUUCGAAACGAGCGGGAAACCAUUGUGUACAACCGUAUGCAAGCUCGGUUGGCCGAACUUAGGUCUCUUCCUGCAAAUGUAGCACACUGGGAUACGCGUAACGAGGAUCUCACCCCGGAAGACACUUUGAAGCGUAAGGCCCUCAUCGAGAUGAAGAUGUUGGGCCUCUAUGCGAAGCAAAGAGCUAUGCGGGAAAGGAUCAGUCGACAGAUGAUCCAGUACGAUAAUCUAGCAAUGACUGCCAACCGUAGCCACUACCGCCGCAUGAAGAAGCAGUCCUUGCGGGAGGCGCGCAUUACCGAGAAAUUGGAGAAGCAACAACGCGAUGCUCGCGAGUCCCGGGAGAAGAAGAAGCACACUGAUUAUCUCCAGACGGUCCUUAACCAUGCGAGAGAACUCAACACAGCUGCGCAAAACCAGAGACAAAAGAUGCAGAAGCUGGGUCGCAUGAUGUUAACACAACACCAGAACAUUGAAAAGGAAGAACAGAAGAGAAUCGAGCGAACAGCGAAGCAACGUCUUGCAGCCUUGAAGUCCAACGAUGAAGAGGCGUACUUGAAGUUGCUCGACCAAGCCAAAGAUACGCGUAUCACUCACCUUCUCAGACAAACCGAUGGCUUUUUGUCACAGCUCGCAGCUUCCGUCAAGGCGCAACAGCGCAAUGCUGCCGAGCGAUAUGGCGAUGGUGCCGAGGAGUUUCUCAGAGAUGACGAGUCUGAUGAAGACGGCGACGAGGAGCAAGAUAAUAGAAAGAUUGAUUACUAUGCUGUUGCUCACCGCAUCAAGGAAGAGAUCACUUCUCAACCCUCAAUCUUGGUUGGUGGUACGCUUAAGGAAUACCAGCUGAAGGGUCUUCAGUGGAUGAUCUCACUCUACAACAACAACUUGAACGGUAUCCUUGCCGAUGAGAUGGGUCUCGGAAAAACCAUCCAGACAAUCAGUUUACUUACCUAUCUCAUCGAGAAGAAGAAGCAGAAUGGUCCCUUCUUGGUCAUUGUGCCUCUCAGUACUUUGACUAACUGGAAUCUCGAAUUCGAGAAAUGGGCACCAGCAAUUUCAAGAGUCGUGUACAAAGGCCCUCCCUUGGCACGAAAGCAACAGCAGCAGCAAAUCCGUUAUGGAAACUUCCAGGUUCUCUUGACUACUUACGAGUACAUCAUCAAAGAUAGACCCAUCUUGAGCAAGAUCAAGUGGAUUCACAUGAUCAUUGAUGAGGGUCAUCGUAUGAAAAAUUCUAACUCCAAGCUCAGCGCGACUCUUACUCAGUACUAUUCCACCAGAUACCGUCUUAUUCUCACUGGAACUCCGCUGCAAAACAACCUCCCUGAGCUGUGGGCCCUCCUCAACUUCGUACUUCCUACCAUUUUCAAAUCAGUCAAAUCUUUUGAUGAAUGGUUUAAUACACCUUUUGCAAACACUGGUGGUCAGGAUAAAAUGGAGUUGACGGAAGAAGAACAAAUCCUCGUCAUUCGUCGUCUGCACAAGGUUUUGCGACCAUUCUUGUUGCGUCGUCUCAAGAAAGAUGUCGAGAAGGACUUGCCAGAUAAGACCGAGAAGGUUAUUAAGUGCAAGUUCUCCUCACUUCAAGCUCGUCUCUACAAGCAAAUGGUUACCCACAACAAGCUGGUCGUCAGUGAUGGUCAGGGUGGGAAAACCGGGGCGCGUGGUCUGAGCAACAUGAUCAUGCAAUUACGAAAGCUUUGCAACCACCCCUUUGUGUUUGAUGAAGUCGAGAAUCAAAUGAACCCGACAAAUACAAGUAAUGACCUGCUUUGGCGAACAGCUGGUAAAUUUGAACUGCUCGACCGAAUCCUGCCGAAAUAUCAGAAGACUGGACACAGAGUGCUAAUGUUCUUCCAAAUGACGGCUAUCAUGGACAUCAUGGAGGAUUAUUUGCGUUACCGUGGAAUUCAAUACUUGCGGUUGGAUGGUACCACGAAGUCUGAUGAUCGUUCUGAACUUCUUCGCGAGUUCAAUGCUCCCGACUCCCCUUACUUUAUGUUCUUGCUCUCCACGCGUGCUGGUGGUCUCGGAUUGAACUUGCAGACUGCUGAUACAGUUAUUAUCUACGACUCCGAUUGGAAUCCUCAUCAGGAUCUGCAAGCCCAAGAUCGUGCACAUCGUAUUGGUCAGAAGAAUGAGGUUCGUAUUCUGCGACUCAUCAGUUCAAACUCCGUGGAGGAGAAGAUUCUGGAGCGCGCCAAAUUCAAGCUUGAUAUGGAUGGUAAAGUUAUUCAAGCUGGUCGCUUCGAUAACAAGUCAUCUGAGACAGAUCGUGACGCUAUGCUGCGUGUCAUGCUGGAGACUGCGGAGGCCGCUGAGUCGAUGGAGCAGGAGGAAAUGGAUGAUGAAGAUCUCAACAUGAUCCUUGCUCGUUCAGAUGAAGAGCUUGCCGCCUUUAGGGAGAUAGAUGAAGCAAGGGCCAAGGAUCCGAUCUACGGCAGUGUUGCGGGAAGCAAGAAAAUCCCACGACUCAUGGCGGAAUCCGAGCUCCCUGAAAUCUACUUGUCUGACGGAAAUCCAAUCGCCGACGAACCCGAGGAAAUAAAGGGCCGUGGUGCUCGAGAGCGGACGCGUGUCAGGUAUGAUGAUGGUCUCACUGAAGAGCAGUGGUUGAAUGCUGUGGAUGAUGAUGAAGAUUCACCGGAAGCUGCGGCCGCUCGGAAGCAAGCUCGGAAAGAACGCCGUGAAAAGAACCGACUCAAGAGACUCGGCCAACUUCCAGGUUCCAUUGAGAAUUCCCCCGCGGGCAGUCGUGACAGUACAGAGGAACCCGAACCAACGCCGAAGAAGGGCCGUGGUCGGAAAUCUGCUGGCAAGGUUGACAAGCGCAAGGCUGACGAUCUUGAUGAUGAGCCGCCCGCCAAGCGAAAGCGCGGUGGCCCUGGUCGUCCCAAAGCCGGCGCAUCGACCGGUGACAAAAACCGCGCUGCUCUUCAGGCCAGCUUGAAAACUGUUUAUGAUAGUUUGAUGAACCUUGAAUCUGCUUCCGAUGAUGAGGAUUCCAAGGACGAGGAAGAUGAAGGCCCUCGUCUCAUCAUCGGACCCUUCGUUAAUCUCCCAUCGAGGAAGGAUUUCCCUGAUUACUAUAAGUUCAUCAGCCAACCGAUCUCCAUGAAGAUGAUCGAGAGGAAGAUAAAGAAGGAAGAGUACUCGAGUCUCAACGAUCUGAAGAAAGAUAUACAGCUCCUUUGCAACAACGCCAAGACGUACAAUGAAGACGGCAGCAUGAUCUAUGUUGAUGCUGUUGCAAUAGAAGCUGCUUGCUUGUCCCGUAUCAGUGAGGAGCUUAAUGAACAUCCCGAGCUUGGUGAUCAAGACGAUUCAUCCCGCAAUGGCGGCUCAACUGCUCCAACUACGAACGCCGGUACCCCAUUGCCAAGCACUGGCAACAGUGGAAAACUGAAGCUUACUUUCAACAAUUCUCAAUAUGCCAAUGGCGGAAGUAGCGGUGUUCAGAGUGAUGAUGAUGAUUGAUAUUACUGAAUGGGGAUGCGGAUCGUGGUAUUGGUUUUGCAAUGGUGUAUUGGAGGCUGGAGUUGCAUACUGGAUGCUUUGCCUAUGCUUGUUUGGCUUUGGUACAGUGAGAGGCGUUUGCGCAUGGAAAGAAAUAACGAGGAGAGCAUGGAUGUCUUGUCUCGAGGUGGCUUACGGCACUGCCAGCUAAUGCCUCACCUAGAUUGUACUGUACUGUAUGUAAUAUAGGUAUCAAUGAGAGAUUCAUGAAUUCUGGUUUUCAUUGGUCUCUGGAUGAG